AUGGCCGCCAUUUCCACGCUCCUCCUCGCCGCCGUCCUCUUCGUCGCCCCCACCCUCGCCGCCGCCCAGCCCCGCGGUUUCGGAGGGGUGGCGCCGUCGGCGUACGCGCGGUACGUGGUGGACGCGGCGGAGACGGCGGCGGAGGAGGCGUACGACUACGUCGUGGUGGGGGGCGGCACGGCGGGGUGCCCGCUCGCCGCGACGCUGGCCGGGCCCGGCGGGGGCCGCGUGCUGCUGCUGGAGCGCGGCGGUGCGCCCGCGGAGUUCCCGCCGCUCGCCACCGCGGGCGGGUUCGUGAGGACGCUCGCCAUGGCGGACCCCGCGCCGGAGUCCGACGCGCCCGGGCAGACCUUCACGUCGGAGGACGGCGUGCCGAACGUGCGCGCGCGCGUCCUCGGCGGCGCCACGUCCAUCAACGCCGGGUUCUACUCGCGCGCCCACCCGGACUGGUUCCGCGGCCACGGCGAGGGUGCCGAAGCAAUGAACUGGGACAUGCGGAUGGUGAACGCAUCGUACGAGUGGGUGGAGAGGGAGCUGACGUUCCAGCCGGUGGUGCGAGGGUGGCAGGCGGCGGUGCGGGCGGGGCUGCUGGAGGCCAACGUCACGCCGUGGAACGGGUUCACGGUGGACCAUGUCUCCGGCACCAAGGUGGGUGCCACCACGUUUGAUGCGUCGGGCCGCCGCCGCAGCGCCGCCGACCUCCUUGCUCUGGCCCGCCCUGGCCGCCUCCGUGUCGCCAUCCGUGGUACGGUGACCCGUGUCAUCACCAGCCCCAUUGAUCCUGCCGCCCGCCGUGGAAGGUCUCCGCAGCCAGCAGUCGCAGCAGUCGGUGUUGUUUACCAGGACCGUCUCCUCCAGCAGCACCAUGCGCUGCUGCGCCCAGGCGGCGAGGUCAUACUCUCUGCAGGUGCCAUCGGGAGCCCCCAGCUGCUGCUGCUCAGCGGCAUUGGCCCCGCCGGCGAUCUUGCCUCCCUGGGCAUCCCAGUCUCCGCCGACGUCCCCGACGUUGGCAGGCACAUGUUCGACAACCCCCGGAAUGGCAUCUCCAUCGUCCCAUCGAUCCCCAUCGAUCACUCGCUCAUCCAGGUGGUUGGCAUCCCCUCUGCGAAUGGCAACGAGUCCUACCUCGAGGCUGCGUCGUACAUUGUGCCUCUCGCUCCAAUGCUAUGGCGUCCUGGUCUUUUGGGUGGUCCCUCCUCGCCGCUGUAUGUCACCGUGGUGACCAUCAUGGAGAAGGUUCCUGGCCCGCUGUCGGAGGGCUCGCUCUGGCUCACGUCGUCGAAUCCCCUGGAGAGCCCCGCCGUGCGCUUCAACUACCUGAGCCGCCGCGAGGACCUGGCACGGUGCGUCGCCGGCAUGCGCCGUGUGGCGAGAGUGCUCGAGAGCUCGACGAUGGAGGCGUUCCGCUCGGCGGCGGCAGCGUCGUUGGGCGGCCAAGGUAGCAGGAGAGGAGGGUCUGCCAGGAGGGAGCUCAGGAUGGUCGGGGCUCCAUUGCCGGCUGACUGGAGCACGAACGACACGGCUCUGGGUGAAUUCUGCCGGCAGACCGUGGCGACGCUGUGGCAUUACCAUGGAGGCUGUGUAGCUGGGAGUGUGGUGGACAGGGAUUUCCGUGUUUUUCGUGUGCGCGCUCUUCGCGUGGUGGAUGGAUCAACAUUCAGGGAGACACCAGGGACCAAUCCCCAGGCCACGAUCCUGAUGAUGGGCAGGUAUGUGGGGCUGAAGAUGAUUGAGGAGCGCCACAGCAGAAGGCAAGUCAGAACAUCAACAGAUUCCUCUUCCAACGCUUGAAAAAGAGAAUUUUUUUGAUCCAACAGAAAGCAUUUCAGCUCUACUCUUAUCAACUUGACCUUACUCUUUCUGUUACUAGUAUUAUGUAUAGACUAUAGAGAGAUAGCUGGGAGGAUAAUGACUUACAUGUGUACAGUGAUAGCAAGAGGGAAGCAGGGCUUUGCCUAGACAAUAGUACUACAUUUUUGCCUUUGUGAAUACCAUGAUGCUGGUAUAUAUGUGCAGGACAGUCUCAUAGUUGAUCUGAUGUGCGGCAAACCAGCAGUACUGCCUGGAGUUCAUCAUGUCGGCUUUUGCUGAAUAUCAGUAGAGCAAUUUUACCAUCAUUAAGAAGAUAAUAAGA